AUGACUGACAAACCUGCCGCUGCACCUCUGGUUGUUGUUGGUUCAGGAAGCAACUCUGACAAUUCCAAUUUCCAAAUCGGUAUCGUGUUGAAUGAAGACAACUAUGAUUUAUGGGCACCACUUGUUGAGAUGCAUAUUGCAGGGAGAAAGAAAAUGGGAUAUCUUCGAGGUACGCUUACGGCUCCCUCCGAAGAUGAUCCAAAGUAUGAUGAUUGGUUCUCUGAGGAUCAACGAGUUAAAAGUUGGCUUCUCUCUGUCAUGAAGCCUGAGCUGAUGAAGCGCCAUAUCCGCUUGCCGACUGCAGCGGCCAUAUGGCAAGCUGUAAAAACUUCAUUCGUGGAUGACAAGAAUGAGGUACGAGUUUAUACUUUGAACCAAAGAGCUGCCCGUAUACGUCAGAACGGGAGACAAAUCUCUGUUUAUUUUGGUGAGUUGUUUGAGAUAUUUCAAGAGUUGGACCACCAUAGUAGGGUGGUUAUGAGUUGUGCCAAGGAUAUCAAAAUAUAUCAAGAUUUCAAGGAGAGACAACGGGUUUAUAUCUUCUUGGGUGGUCUUGAUGAUGAGUUUGAGCAAGUUCGUGGUGAAAUCCUUCGAAAGGAACCUCCACUUGAUCUCCAGGCAUCUUAUACUUACGUUAGACGCGAGUUUGAUCGAAAGGAAGCCAUGAAGGGUGAGGGGGAGAACAUUGGGGCUAUGCUUGCCCGAAAUAAUCCCUCACGAAAUCGGCCAAUUGGAGAUCGAUUCUCACGGAACAAAUGUGCUCAUUGUGGGCGUCCAGGACACUCUAAACAAAAGUGUUAUGAGCUAAUUGGUUAUCCGGAAGGAUGGGACAAGACAAGGGAUUCACGAUACAACAAGCAACGGGCAUCUAUUGCAGUAACAAAAGCUUCUACUGACUCCCAUGAGGAACCAGACAUAGUGUUGGACCAAGCUACUGCAUUAGCUACCGCUACACAUCAUGAAGACCCGGAGAACGAUUGGUUAUGGCACUAGGCGCGGGAAGCUAUAUUACCUGGACCUUACAUCGGAAAGCACUGGUCACCUGACUCGAGCCCUUAUGAUGGAUGGUUCUCAACAAAAUUCUAAAAAUAUUUCUGAUAUUUGGUUAUGGCAUCGUCGCUUAGGACAUGCUUCGUUUGGUUAUUUGCGGAGACUAUUUCCUAAAUUGUUCUCAAAAGUUGAUGUUUCUUCUUUUCAGUGUGAAGUUUGUGAAUUGGCACAUAGCCAUCGAGUUCCAUUUUCUCCUUGUCAGAAUAAAAGCUCAGUUCCUUUUAUGAUGGUUCACUCUGAUGUUUGGGGCCCGUCCAAAA